CUUGACGUAGUUAAAUAAUAAAACGCGAUGCAGCGAAAAUUGCUCAUGAUGUAGGUGGAUGCGUCUCACAACUGGAGAACCCAGAGCCGAAUGUCUCGAACGUUCACUCAGCUCUCCUUGUGCAACAAAAGAAAGUCGCCUAUAACUCGACGGAAAUUGAAUAAAGCAACGUGGUGAUACAGCAAAGGCUAACCAGGAAUUGUUUCAUUUACCAUAUUAUCAAUGACUAUCCCAACCGGGGACAAAGGAAGCGGAUUCUCCCACAAAUAACAGGAGUAUAGGAAGAGCAUUUUUUCCUACAAAAUGUGGAACGGGUAUUAGUUUAUGGUCGAUAGGUAAGUCGACGCUUGUUUUAAAGUUGGUCACCACAGCGACUCGACGGAAAGAGCUGACACAAAGCGCCACAGACGGGGUGAAAGACAUGGAGUCCCUGCUUCUGUGCUGUGAAGCGGACAGGCCUGCCAGGGCCUACCGGGACUCCAACCUGUUGACUGACCGGGUCCUGCGUGCGCUCCUUCGGGCUGAAGACAAGUACCUCCCAGCUCCCAACUAUUUCAAGUGCGUCCAGAGAGAAAUAGCUCCGUACAUGAGGAGGAUAGUGGCUACCUGGGUGUUGGAGGUGUGUGAGGAGCAAAGAUGUGAGGAGGAAGUUUUCCCGCUGGCUAUAAACUACAUAGACCGCUUCCUGUCAGUGGAACCCACCAAGAAGAACCACCUUCAGUUAUUGGGAGCUGCCUGUAUGUUUCUGGCAUCCAAACUCAAGGAGACAAUCCCACUCACUGCUGAUAAACUCUGCAUCUACACAGACAACUCUAUAACACCUACUCAGCUGCUGAAAAUGGAGCUACUGGUUUUGAAUAAACUCAAAUGGGACCUGGCUUCAGUAACCCCUCUUGACUUCAUCGAUCACUUCCUGUCCCAGCUGCCUGUCAGGAGAGAGAGCAGGACCAUACUCAGGAAGCACGCUCAGACCUUUGCAGAGCUGUGUGCCACAGAUAAUAAAUUCAUAGCCAGCCCUCCAUCCAUGGUAGCAGCAGGCAGCAUGGUGGCAGCAGUGGAGGGCUUACAGAUGAAAAUGGUGGGAAAUGCCUUGAUGUCACACAAACUGACAGAGCAACUUGCACAGACCAUUAGGAGUGACCCAGUAGGACUGCCUUCGAGCAUGUCAGGAACAAAUUGAGUCGCUGCUACAGACCAGUCUCAGACAAGCACAACAGCAACACUCUGUUACUGUGGAAACUAAGAACAUUGGCGAGAGGCAGGACCUCUCAACUACACCCACAGAUGUCCGUGACAUAAACAUCUGACUGAGAUGAGAAGCAGGUUGAACUGUUGAGGUAGAUCGUCAUCGUACAGCAAACUGUAGGAGCAGCUCCAUCUGUGCAGGGGAUCACAUGGAAAUAAAAUGGUCUCUAGCAUCCUGUAAAUAAACGUGUAUUAGCCUAUUCUGAAUCAUGUUGCUUCACAUUAAGCAUUUAUCAUGACCUAUACUGUGUUAUAUAGUCAUUGUGAAUUUUGUCUCUACUGCAGCCAUCUACUCUUAGCCAACUUAAGGGAACGUAAAAAAAAGAAAGAUAUUCUUAAGUUUGAAGUAAAGGAGAAGGAACUGUAUAUGUAUCUGUAAUUUUAGCUAUAGACGUUUAUUAGCAGACAGUUGACCUCCACAGCCAAAGGCUGUGGAGGUUUAUUUUACAGUGUGACCUGUAAUGCUAAAAAAUUACAUUCACAUAGCAUGUUAUAUAGCUCUGUUUUGUUGAGGUUCCUGAACUGGGAAACAAGAAAAGCUCAACUAGUUGUGCAGUAUUGAGCUAAUAAACCAUAGCUGUGGAGAUUUUAUACAAUGAGAUAAUUUCAGUACAAAAUGAAAUGUGUUAUAAACUGCCUAACUGAAAUCACUGUUCUAAUGUGAUGCAGUAUAGUGCAAAGCUGAUUCCACUAGAGGGAGGGCAGAUGAGUGGUAUUGACUAGCGACCAAAUUUAAUUUUAGUUAAGCAAUAUCAGUGUCACAUUUUUAGUAGUUAUGGGAGAUUGUAUUGGUUUUCCAUGGUUGUACUGUAAAAAAAAACAUAUUUCUCUCCCCCAUCUCAACAUGGGUGUUGUCACUUCGGUCCUCUGAAUAAUGUUCGAAGCGUCUGCAUGUAUAGUGAAUUGUUUGUCAGUCUCAUUGGACGAAAAGAACUUGAACUCUUUAUUUUCUUACAGCCACGCAUUUAGCAAGUCUGUCUGCUGUCCUGGAAAAAGGUCCGAAGCAGUACUAGUUUUGUAAAAUAAAGACCUCAGGUGUUAUUUAGUUUCUGAUAUUUAUUAUUACAUAUCACAGGAACAUUGCAAAUAAAAGUUGUACUAAAAGAGUAAA